CUUGUAUUUUCUUCAACAAAUUCUACGCUUGAAUCUCUAUUACAUCAACCCCGGCCUUAAAAAUGGAAAGCAAUCCCAGCAAAUCUUUAUUGUUCGCCUAAGUGAUCCAAUCUGUCUCAACACCAAAAAUAAAGAAACACAACUCUCUCUCUCUCUCUCUCCUCUCUGCUCUUGUAAGGUUUCAACAAAGGGGAUUAAUUGAUGUGUCCUCUAAGGUUCAUCUUGGUGUUUUUCUCAGCAUUGUUGGCCGGAUAUUUGACAUGGAGGACGGUUAGUUCUUUGCCGGAGACCGGUUUCAAUUUGGUGGAGGAUUCUGGGGAUGAUGCUAAGAAGGAUAAUCAAGAACAGCAACUCAAUACACACAAGCUUUUCAAGGGGAUUCAGAAUGGAUUCUGGGUAUUCGUCGACAUGGCCAGUGGAAGAUAUUUGUGGAAGAAUCUCAAGGAAAUGAAGAAAGAUUAGCAGGUCAACUGUAUUAGAUUUUUGUCUUAGUUCUGUCAAUUGUGCUACAGAUACCUGUAAAGAUUUUUUCAAGGGGACAAUUGAAAGACCAGAAGCAAAUUUGCUUAUUCACAAUCUAUGAUGAGUUUUUCAAUGGAAAUAAUGCAACUAUUUUGUA